UGUGUCUAUCUCUCCGACUUGCAAAACCCAGAAAAAAAAACAGCAGGCUCGCGUUUCCUUUCCUUCAUCUUUCCUUUCCUAACCACACACGCGUUUCCAGUGUCACGAACCCAACAACACCACCACGUCCACCGCCCACAACCGUUGCUCUCCUCUCCUCUUUCAGUACUCUAUAUUUGUCUGUGGUCUAAUUUUCGAGAGAGAACAAGAGUUGUUGCGUUGCGGGGAUUGGGACGGACAAACAGAAAAGGGAAGAAGAAUGGAGGGUGAGUUGGUGCAGCAGCCGCAGCCACAGCAGCAGGAGAGAUUGAACCAGGCAGUGCAGCAGCAGCUAAACCUAGAACAAGUAAAGACACGUGCUAUCAGCCUGUUCAAAGCUAUAUCAAGGAUUCUCGAAGAUUUUGAUGCCUAUGGUCGCACCAACACCAAUCCCAAAUGGCAAGAUAUUCUGGGUCAGUAUUCCAUGGUCAAUCUCGAACUCUUCAACAUCGUUGACGAUAUCAAGAAGGUCUCCAAGGCUUUCAUAGUCUAUCCCAAGAAUGUCAAUGCCGAAAAUGCUACAAUACUGCCUGUUAUGCUCUCCACAAAACUACUCCCUGAAAUGGAGACGGAGGACACCUUGAAGAGAGAUCAAUUGCUUCAGGGGAUGCAGAACCUCCCAAUUGCCACUCAAAUUGACAAAUUGAAGGCUAGAAUUGAUAUGAUUGCCGCAGCCUGUGAAGGUGCCGAAAAAGUAUUGGCUGACACUCGUAAAGCUUACUGCUUUGGAACUCGUCAGGGCCCUGCCAUUGCCCCCACUCUCGACAAGGGUCAGGCUGCCAAAAUUCAAGAACAGGAAAAUCUACUCCGAGCUGCCGUCAAUGUUGGCGAGGGAUUGCGGAUACCUGGAGACCAGAGGCAUAUAACUGCUUCACUUCCUAUGCAUUUGGCAGACGCAUUUACGGUCAACGAGAGUGCACAAUCUUUUCCUGACGGGUCUAGCAAUAAUGUGUAUAUGAAGAAUACCCCAUUGUCAUCAAACAGUAUGGGCGGCCAAAAUUCGUUGUUACAGACAUCGGGAUCACAACUUUUGGGAAGAUCAGCUGCAUCUCCUUCUGCUGCAACCAGCGCCACUUCUUUUGACAAUACAACAGCUUCACCAAUUCCAUAUGCCAAUUCACCUAGGUCUACUACAAAUAUGAUGAAUACGCCAUCCCCUCAGCAGCAAACCCCACAACCGCAGCCGCAACAGCUAACAGCACAACAACAGCAACAACAACGGCAGAAACUAAUGCAGCAGUUACCUCAACAACAGCAGCAACAACUUCUUGCUCAGCAACAAUAUAGGCAAUCUGCGAUGCAACAAGGACUGGGGCAGUUGCACGGGCAACACCAGAUGCAGUUUUCUCCACAACUUGGGCAUCAGCAAUUUCAGGGCAGACAGCUUUCUUCGGCACAUAUGCAGCAUAGCAUUGGUCAAAGCCAACUCAAUCAAGGAAAUCAGAUGACUCGUCUAAACCAGUUUUCUGGUCCUGCUAACAGCGCGUUAUUUAGUGCUGCUCAAACAACACCAAAUACCCAGAUGAUUCCUAACAUUUCAGCCGGAAUAACCUCACAGUCUCUUCUGCCACGAAUGCAGUUCGGAUUAUCUGGCAACAAUCCUCAGCGAAGUCAUCCUUCCCAUAUGUUGAGUGAUCAAAUGUUCAACAUGGGAGGUGGCAACCCUGGUGGUAUGAUGUCCAUACAGCAGCAGCAGCAGCAGCAACAACAACAACAACAACAACACAGUUCACAAGGUGCAUUUGGUGGCAUGGCAUCCAACGCUCAGAAUCUACAAUCCGGUAUGAUGACGCUUCAGAACGCCCAACAGAAUCAUCCCAAUUUCACUCAACAGAGACAACAAAAUCAACAGUGAUAGAACUGAGCAUGGCUGGGUUCAGUUUAGAAUGAAACAAACCAUGUUUUACUUUAGAAACAUAGUUCACAAAAUCUGAAGCAAACUGUUUUGUUUUUUCUUUGUUCUUUUGGAUUGCCAAACUGUUCAGAUUAUUUAUAAAAAAAACUGAACUGGAUAAAAUAAAUAGGAUUCUUUUUGGGUUUCUGUAAUGAGGUAAGAUUUGUGCAGAUUAGAGUUUCA